AUGGACCGAUCGGUCGACAGUGUCGGGCGCAUUCUGGCGUUCGUUCCGUGGCUCAUUUCGGGACUAUUACUAUUCGCAGCAGACUUAUCACAAGCUCACCGGCCCCAGGGUGCUCCCAAGUGUCCAAAAACCUACGCAAGUGAUGUGCGUUGCGGACUGCCAGUGCUACAACCAGCAGCCCUUCCAAAGCAUCCAUCAGAGGCCAUUCGAGGGGAGUUCCCGUGGCAUGUUGCCAUCUAUCACCGCGAAUCGGUCGGACCGCUGUACAGCUGCGGUGGAUCACUGAUCAACGAUCGCUUCGUCCUAACUGUGGCCCACUGUACGGUCAACGAAAACAACGACUUUCCGCUGAGUGCCGAGGUGUUUGAGGUGCUGUUGGGUUACCAUGACCUUUACGAAACGCAGGACGCUAGCUGCAGUGAACGAGUUGGCGUACGAAGGAAUCAUGUCCAUCCAGACUACCGGACGCAUAGCUAUCGCCAUGACCUAGCACUGCUCGAACUGGAACGCCAAGUACGCUUCACCGAUCGCGUACUGCCCGUCUGUCUCGAUACGGCCAAGGCAGAUCCGCCCAACUUCUACCAGACGAUCGGCAAAGUGCCGGGCUGGGGUUACACCGAGAUUGACGAGAUGUCCAGCUGGUUGCGCAUGACGGAGAUACCGAUCGUCGACUACAUCCACUGCCUGAACAGUAAUCCCGACCUAUUCGCACAAAACAUGUACGACGGGAUGUUCUGCGGUGGUUACGCCAACGGGAGCAACGUCUGCAAUGGAGACUCGGGCGGUGGGCUCGUAACCUACCGCCAGGGUCGCUGGGAGCUGCAAGGGAUCGUCUCCUACACGGCACUGCGCGAUCCGAACGAGCACAUCUGCGAUACGCGACAGUACGCGGCUUACGUGAAGCCCGGAUCCUGCCGUGAAAAGUGA